ACUCACCGAAUUGUCCUAACGUGCGUUUUUAUCUCAAUAGUUACACAGUUAUCUAAUAUGCAAAUAUUUGCAAACCUAUGACGGAGGCUGUAAUACUAAAAUUCACACCUCUAUAUUGAAUGGAGUUUAGAAUUGUGUUUCGUGAAGAUAGCACACUCUUCAACACUUUAAAUAUAGUUUAUUAUUCACUACCUCUAUGGUUUUGUAAAGUGCGACGUAGUUAUGGAGUGAAAAGUUUCUAAAUGUUCGUAAUUAAUUGUUGCUUAUAAAUGGCAUGGCCACAGAUGAUCCAACUUCUAUAUCUGUUGAGAAUUAAAGAUUGCAACGAUUGAAUUAGUGUUGUAGUAACGAGGAAGGUAUACUUUGAUAUGGUCUUUGCUCGAUACCUCUGGUUGCUGUUAUAUUACGCGCAGUAUGCAGGGACUCAGCUGAUGAAGGACUACGAGGAUAUAACGCUGAGCAUUCUAUCUCCCCCUGUGGAUGAGGCGAGCUUAGCACUUCCGUUCAAUAUGGGACAGGAUAGAACUUCUGGCUGCUUUUGUAGAAGUACUAGUCGAAAAGACUUGGUCGUCUGUUUCGGGAACUAUGAAUGCGCGAAGUUUCCUAAGAUUAAUAUUGGAGUGUGCGACACACUAGUUGUGCGAACGACUGUGAUUUCACAAAUAACGGUUGGAGACUUAGAUCAAUACUUCGGCCUGCGGGCGUUGAAGAUAGACGGCAACAGCAGACUGCAUACGCUACAACCAGGAAUCUUCAGAAACUUAUCCAACUUAGAAGAACUUUCAGUUUCGUAUAAUACUCAGCUUCACUACCUGCAAACACAUACAUUCACAGGUUUAGUGAAACUUAAAUCAUUAAUAUUAGUUAAUAAUAGAUUUGAAAAGCUCACCGAAAUUGUUCCAGCUUUUAAGCCUAAUACAUUACCAUCAUUGACACUCUUGGAUCUCUCUGAAAACAACUUUGAAAAUAUAAAUGAAAAUACUUUUUUACCAAUGAACGGAAGUAAACUAGAGAUACUGAAUUUAAACUUAUGUAGACUAGACUAUAUUCAUCCAAAUAGUUUUUCAAAACUCAAAAAAUUGAAAGAACUACAUAUAAGGGAAAAUGAUUUAAAUGCACCAUCAAUAUACAACUUUUUACUAAAAAUGAUAGACAGUGGCAUAAAUCUCGGCUAUCUCGAUCUUUCAGGAAUGGGUUUUAGAAAACAACCUCCAAUGAAAAUAAUGGAAAUGAUAGCCAACACAACGAUAAGAAGACUUAAUCUCGCAGACAAUCAGUUUGAGCUAAUCACUGAUGACGAUUUUCCAUAUAUGCCCAACAUAGAAGUUCUAGAUUUAAGAAGAGUUUUUGCAAUAGCAGUUAGUCCAUAUGCUUUCAAUCCAGAUAGAUUCCCAAAACUGAGAAUAUUGUUGCUAAGUGGCAACAACCUACCAGGCAUAAAUAUUUAUCACAUAUCGUGCCAACAGUUGCUGCUUUUGGACUUAUCUUCAAAUAAAGGAACAUCCUCAAGCUCUUUGUAUUAUGAGAUUGAUAGAGGAGUCUUUAGUUUUUGUAGAGAUUUACGGUUUCUAAAUCUUGCUUAUAAUAGAAUUAAACAUAUUUACAAUUACACAUUCAUUGGCUUGGAAAAUUUAAGAAUUCUUAAUAUGGAAAAUGGUACACUAUUUCAUAUUGGUCUUGGAACUUUUAAACCUAUGAAGCAUUUGGAAAUACUUAAUCUGGGAAACAAUCCAUUAGUGUCUAGUGAAAAUCUAACAAGUUCACAAUUUGAAGGCCUGAAUGAGCUGAAGAUGUUAAUUUUACGAAAUUGUGGAAUCAAGCGUUUUAACGACGAUGAUAAUAUGUUUGAAAUGAUGCCAAACUUAACACAUUUAAUACUAACGAAUAAUCAGUUGUUUUAUAUUACUGUUGAGACAUUGAAGCCGUUGAAGUUCUUGAAAGUUCUAGACCUAAGUCAAAACUUAUUAGUAUCCUGGUGGCAACCUAUAUUUCUGGCUUCUGGCAUUCAACCUACCAAAUUAUAUUUAAUGAAUAACAAAAUAUCCCACUUCAGUUUGGGUAUGAUCCAGGAUUUAAAUUAUUUACUUGAAAAAUAUAAUGCUUCUGUCGAAAUUGACCUCAUGGAUAACUUAUUUAUUUGCGAUUGCAAUUCCAUGUACAAAAUUUAUACAUGGCUACAAGUGAAUGGUUCUGAUAUAUUAAAGAAAUACUUUGCAAAGUCAAACAUCCUCUGCAGCAGUCCCGAUGUAUGGGAAGAUCGAAGAGUCGCAGAUUUCAUGUCAUCUAUCAAGAACUUACGAUGUUUUGUCUAUCAAAAAUUUUCAACCGCCAUGUUACUGGUGUGGACGGCACCAUCUUUAGUGACCAUUGCUUUUCUACUAAUCGUUAUAUUUUUAAUCUAUAGAUACAGAAUAUACAUAAGAUAUUGGUUAUUUUUGGCAAAAGUAGCAUUAGGGAGAAGUUUUAUAAGGAGAACUCUGAAAGCGGAUAAUUUAAAUAAGGCAUAUAAGUAUGAUGCCUUUGUUUCUUAUUGUAAUGACGAUCGUGAAUUCGUCUUAGAAAUGAUAUCGCAGUUGGAAUCCCAGCCACCUUACUUAAAACUUUGUAUUUAUGAGAGAGAUUUUGAAAUUGGUACGUUUAUAUCUGAAGCAAUUUUAAGGAGCAUUAAUGAGAGCAGACAUAUUAUAUUGAUAAUAAGUAACGGAUUUGCGAAGUCACAAUGGUGCAGGUGGGAAACCCAUCUAGCUGAAUACCACAGGUUGUUUCUUGAUGAUGGAACGCCCCACGACCCUCUGGUGCUGAUAAAAACAGGUGAAGUAGAAAACAAGUACUUAACAACAACACUAAAGUACCUGCUGAAGACAAAAAUAUACCAUUCUUGGACGGAACAGAAUUCGGAUGAUUUCUGGAAGAAGCUACGAAAUGUUUUAGUAAAAAAUAAAUAAUAUCAGUAAAA